GAGACAAGAGGAGGGGUUUGGGGUUUUUACGUCAGCUGAAUUUGAUUAUUUUGAACGGGUCAAGAUGGCGGAGAAGAGCGGGUUGAAGCAUCGGAAUCACUCUCAGCAAAAUAGCGAAAACAGCAUUUUCGACGAAGGUGAGCAUGGGGUGGAGGAUGUGCCUCAUAAGAUGAGCCCUGAGGAAGAGAAGGCCCUGUUGUCGGAGGAAGAUGCGUUGUCGGCCAGGCCGGUACAGAUCGUUGUGGCUCACGAGGACGACCACGCCUUUGAGCUCGACGAGGCGGCGCUGGAGCGCAUCCUGCUGCAGGAGCAUGUGCGCGACCUUAACGUGGUGGUGGUGUCGGUGGCCGGUGCCUUCCGCAAGGGCAAGUCCUUCCUGCUGGAUUUCAUGCUGCGCUUCAUGUACAACCAGACAUCCUGCUCCUGGCUGGGUGGGCACGAGGAGCCACUGACAGGCUUCACCUGGCGGGGGGGCUGCGAGAGGGAGACCACGGGCAUCCUGGCAUGGAGCGACGUGUUUGUGGUGGACAAGCCAGACGGGAGCAGGGUUGCGGUUCUUCUAAUCGACACACAGGGGGCUUUCGACAGCCAAUCAACCAUCAAAGAUUGUGCGACACUGUUUGCGUUGAGCACCAUGACCAGCUCUGUACAGGUUUACAACUUGUCUCAGAAUGUGCAAGAAGAUGACCUUCAACAUCUCCAGCUCUUUACUGAAUAUGGAAGGCUGGCCUUGGAGGAGAUCUAUGAGAAACCCUUUCAGACUUUAAUGUUUCUUAUAAGAGACUGGAGCUACCCUUACGAGCAUCCCUAUGGCUUGGACGGAGGGAAGAGUUUCCUGGAGAAGAGAUUACAAGUGAAACAGAACCAGCAUGAGGAGCUGCAGAAUGUCAGGAAGCACAUCCACUCCUGCUUCUCUAACAUUGGCUGCUUCCUCCUGCCCCACCCCGGCCUCAAGGUGGCCACCAACCCCAACUUUGAUGGCAGACUCACAGAUAUUGAUGACGAUUUCAAGACUGAGCUCGUCAACCUAGUGCCAAUCUUGUUGUCCCCGAAGAACUUGGUGGAGAAAGAAAUCGGAGGAUCCAAAGUGACGUGCCGAGACCUUGUACAGUAUUUCAAAGCAUACAUGAAAAUAUACCAAGGGGAGGAGCUGCCUCAUCCCAAGUCAAUGUUACAGGCAACGGCUGAAGCCAACAACCUUGCAGCUGUUGCAGGAGCAAAAGACAUUUACAACAAAGGCAUGGAACAGGUUUGCGGAGGCGACAAGCCCUACAUGGCCCCCGAUCAACUGGAGCGUGGCCACUCGAACCUGCGGCAGGUGGCGGUCAAACACUUUCGCUCGGUCAAGAAAAUGGGCGGCGAGGACUUCUGCUGGUGCUACCAGGAGCAGCUUGAAGCAGAGCUGGAUGAGGCCUUCACGAACUUCAUCAAGCACAACGAUGGCAAGAACAUCUUCUACGCGGCGCGCACGCCAGCCACGCUCUUCGCCGUCAUGUUCGCCAUGUACGUGGCGUCGCUGGUCACGGGCUUUCUGGGUAUCAACACAGUGGCCAUGGUUUGUAAUCUCAUUAUGGGCGUGGCACUGGCUGCACUCUGCCUAUGGGCUUAUGUGAAGUAUUCCGGCGAGUUCCGCGAGGUGGGCAGCGUCAUCGACCAGGUGGCCGAGACCCUGUGGGAGCAGAGGACUCCACGAAAGGUGAGGUGGACGGAGGGGAAGAAAGGCUCCAUCUUUUGUCAUUUUGGAGGCAAAAAUACGUCACUACUAAUGUCAUUAACAUGGCCACAAUACUUCCCUUGCCUUGUUUUCAGAUAUUUUCCAAACUCUUUGAGGUGGCGAGGAGUCGAGUCCAGUUGGAUUCCUUGAUAACGACCCAGAGAACGAGACUGGCCUCCAACAACAAUGUCAAGAAGAAAAACUAGCCCCUGCCGGUUUUCCCCCUUCGCUUGGUUUCCAGUGUCCAUUUUUAGGACUAUAUAUAAAUGUUUUCUUUUUUGAUAGCUCAUGGUCCCCAUGCCAUGCUGGUUUAGAAUUUAAAAACUGAAUUUUAUACCUGGUUCUCACCACAAAUGUAGAGUACAGGUUGGCACUUUCAUGGUUGAUUUGUUUUCUCAUUACAUGUUGAGGGGAUUACGAGGGUAGGGUGGGUGACAUUGGGUGCUUAAGUUUUAUCACGUGUGUGUGUGUGUGCAUGAUUAGCUGUCACGAUUUCCAUUUUUGGUAUGGAUGAACGUACUAACGAACAAAUUAAGCUUGCUUUCCUUGCUCCUUUCACUCCACCUCCAGUUGGUUUUAUUCUAUUUUUCCCCCACUUCCUUUCAUCUGAUGUCACCCCCUCUCCUCCUUUUGUCUUUCCCACCACUCUUGUCUCUCUCCCCAGGUGUUGAAGCCUCUGGGCGAUCACUAUAUGGAGGAUAACAUUAGGCUGAGUGUGGUCAACAGUCUCUGCUUGUCUGAGCGAGCAGGUGUCGCAACACGCCAAGUUAGAGUAAAUGAGUGACCGACGGUCCACUUCCCACACUAACAUUGCCAACCUGCCCGUAGAACCAAAGUUUACAGCUUUACCCUCUGUAAUUGGUCAUAGCUGCUUGUCACCUAACUCGGGCACCCAAUGAGAAGGCGGCAUUACGAGCGGUUAGCAGUGCGGGGAAUGAUGAGCCCGCCUCAUUUUCCUUGAUCAGACUGCUGAUUGGAUGUCUUGUGAGAUCCCCCCCCUCAUGGAAACUGAUUGUUAUAGUGACAGGACAUUUUGUGGCAAUUUAUUUAAGCAGGACAUUUUUCAGCUCAGUAGUUUGUGGUUGUCUGGGACAGGCAGCGUUUAGAGGUCUGUUUAAACCACAAUUUACUCGUCUUUUCUGUAAGAGCUUUCUUGUUUUCCUUCCCACUUGUCUGAGUGAAAGGAUAACAAUCAAUGUAAGAACAACCACUGCCUGCUUAUCAGUUCAGCAUCACCCUCCCCUCACAUCUCUCAACCAGUUGCUCUUAAGAUGAAUCAUUUUGUAUAUUUCUAUUCUAGUAUUAGAAUUGUUAUUCUGUUGAAAUUAUUCCAUCCAGACCAUUACCACCAAUGUGCUGUUUUGUACAGUUUUUCUUUUUUUUUUUACUCAUCCAAAAUGGGGCAUGUGUACGAAAUAUACAUAUAUAAAUACAUUUUCUAUACCUUUUUUGUAGCUGGAAGAGCAAUGGUUGUGGUAGGCCACUGUGCAGUUUACUGUAUUUAAAUGAAUGAUUUUGUGAUUUGUGUAUGUCCAAUAAAUUAUUUUUUAUA